CUCCUGCCCGCCCCCUGCGCCACCCCCUCGGGAUCUGAAUAGGCUUCGUUCCUCUCGGAACGCGCCGCAGAACCCGGUUCCGGUGACGACUGCAGCGUUCGCAUCUCAGUCCACCCGCCAGCCCAUCGCCCUCCGCCGCCGCACCCCACAAACCCGCCCCCUUCUGUGCCAGGAACCUGCUACCACCAGCACCAUGCCCUACCAAUACCCAGCACUGACCCCAGAGCAGAAGAAGGAGCUGUCUGAGAUAGCUCGCCGCAUUGUGGCUCCGGGCAAGGGCAUCCUGGCAGCAGAUGAGUCCACUGGAAGCAUUGCCAAGCGGCUGCAGUCCAUUGGCACUGAGAACACCGAGGAGAAUCGGCGCUUCUACCGCCAGCUGCUGCUGACUGCUGAUGACCGUGUGAAUCCCUGCAUUGGGGGUGUCAUCCUCUUCCAUGAGACACUCUACCAGAAGGCGGAUGAUGGGCGUUCCUUCCCCCAAGUCAUCAAAUCCAAGGGUGGUGUUGUGGGCAUCAAGGUAGACAAGGGUGUGGUGCCCCUGGCGGGAACCAACGGCGAGACCACCACCCAAGGGCUGGAUGGGCUGUCUGAGCGCUGUGCCCAGUAUAAGAAGGAUGGAGCUGACUUUGCCAAGUGGCGCUGUGUGCUGAAGAUUGGGGAACACACCCCCUCAUCUCUUGCCAUCAUGGAAAAUGCCAAUGUUCUGGCCCGUUAUGCCAGCAUCUGCCAGCAGAAUGGCAUCGUGCCCAUUGUGGAACCUGAGAUCCUUCCUGAUGGGGACCAUGACUUAAAGCGCUGUCAGUAUGUAACUGAGAAGGUUCUGGCUGCUGUCUACAAGGCUCUGAGUGACCACCACAUUUACCUGGAAGGCACCUUGCUGAAGCCCAACAUGGUCACCCCAGGCCAUGCCUGCACCCAGAAGUACUCCCAUGAAGAGAUUGCCAUGGCAACUGUCACAGCACUGCGUCGCACAGUGCCCCCUGCCGUCCCUGGAAUCACCUUUCUGUCUGGAGGACAGAGUGAGGAGGAGGCAUCUAUCAAUCUCAAUGCCAUCAACAAGUGUCCCCUGCUGAAGCCAUGGGCUCUGACCUUCUCCUAUGGCCGAGCCUUGCAGGCCUCUGCUCUGAAGGCCUGGGGUGGGAAGAAGGAGAACAUGAAGACCGCCCAGGAGGAGUACAUCAAGCGAGCCCUGGCCAACAGCCUCGCCUGUCAAGGAAAGUACACCCCAAGUGGUCAGGCCGGGGCUGCAGCCAGCGAGUCCCUCUUCGUCUCUAACCAUGCCUACUAAGCUGAGGCAUUCUCAGGCUGCCCCCUCAACACUCCAGGCCCCUGCUCACACACACUCUUCAGGAGGGGGCCACAUGGGGCUCCAGGCUCUUUCCCAUCACUCUUGCCUCCCUCGUGACUUUGGUGUGUGGUGUUUGUGUGCGCUAACUCCAUCGCCCCUUCCAGCCCACUGCCAAUAAACAACUAUUUAAGGGGGA